AUGGCCCUUCCCAAUUUUGAUGCUCUAAAGGACUUGCACGACUCAGCCAACGAUAUGCUUCACUCACCAGUAAUCAAACGAGAAAUAGCACAUCAAGGACAAGAGAAAUGGGCUCAUGAAGUUUCAGAAACAUCGUUAAGAAUGCUGGACGUUUGUGGUACAACCAAAGAUGUCCUUUUGCUAGUUAAGGAUCAUGUCCAUGACCUCAAGUCCACUUUCAGAAGAAUCACCGUUGGCGAAAACGCAACUGCAGAAAACAAGUUUGCACCUUAUCAAUGUCACAGGAAGAAGUUGAAGAAAGAAAUGUUAAAACGCUUGCAUUCCUUAAAAGGGAUGAAAAAUAAUAAGUGCAUGAACUCAUCAUCAUUAUCACUAGAAAACUCCGUGAAAGAUAAAGAAAAUAAUCUUAUGGUGGUUGUGAAUGUGUUAAGAGAAGUAAGAGUGGCAACAGUUUCUAUUUUGGAGUCAUUGAUGUCACUUAUGUCUAUGCCAAGCCCAAAUACUAGGAAAACAAAUAAAGGGUAUUUUGGUUCAAAGUUGAUGAGAGUAAACAGCUUAAGUUCUUGGGAAAAAUGCGACGCUAUGACGCUGCAGUGUGCCAAUAAAAGAUUGGGAGCAGUGGAAAUCGCCAUUGAAGAUCUUGAAGGAGAGCUAGAAU